AUAUGAAAUUUUUGUACGUAUUUAAGUUUAAUUUUUUUUAUUAAUUUAUAAAAUGAGUAAUAAGUGUAAAAGUUGGGUGUGGCUAUACGCUAAACGUGAAGGCGACAAAGCGUAUUGUGAUUUGUGUAGUGAAAAUGAAAAUAAUGAAUUUUGCUGUAUUGGCGGAACAACAGGUUCUUUGGGUAGACAUUUGAAAACUAUUCAUGGUAUAAAACCACUCACGACUGCAUCACGGAGGGUUACUUCUGGUCAUGAACUGGAUAAUGCCGAUACCUUAACCAGUUCAACUACGACUGCAAGUUCUUCAGAAACACAUAGUUUGGAAAUUGAUAUACCAAUACCUAGGAAACGUCGACGAACUUAUAGGAAUCGGGAGGACGAUCGAAUUUGCAGCUUCGAAAAAACAGAGCAGAUACAUCAAGCAUUAGCAAAAAUGAUAGCCGUGAAUCAAAUGCCGCUAUCUUUUUGUUCAAGUGAAGGUUUUAAACAGUUUAUGACAGUUGUCGAACCUAACUACAAAAUAUGCAAGGAAGGAGCAAUAAAAUCAAGAUUGAACUGAGUUUAUUCAUAUACUAAAUAAACAUUUAAGUUCAAUGAUUAAACAAUGACAGCAUAUUAAAAUAUAAACAUUAUUGUUGUUAUAGAUUUAUCUUUAAAUAUACGUUCUAAACUAGUGCCAGUGGACAUACGUUCCACUUAUUCCUAUUAAUAACAACUUUUGGAAACGUUAUAUUAAAUAUACCAGCUUUUUGACUAAGAAAAAUAUGUUGUAGGUCAUAUGGAAAAUUAAUUUUUGUGCAAAAAGACUAGGCUCUUUGCAAUGGGGUAGCCCAUUUGCAAACUACUUAUUAUUUUUCCAAACCGCCUGCUGUUUUUCAGGCUCAUUGCAUACAGACUAACAGCAAUUAGACCUAUUAAGAACUACUUACUAUUUUUUUCAAACGGCCUGCUGUUUUUCAGGCUCAUUGCAUACAGACUAA